AACUAGACUGGAGACUGCUGCUAGGAUACAUGAUCCAACAAGGAUUGACCAAGUAGAAGAGGAUAACAAUUAUGCUGUAUUUGUAUCCUAUGUUGAAAUCUACAACAAUUAUGUCUAUGAUCUAUUGGAAGAUAGUCCACUGGAUAAUUUUAAUCAAAGACCACCGCAAUCCAAAGUGCUGAGAGAAGAUAACGCUCAUAAUAUGUACAUCAGUGGAUGCAGUGAAAUAGAAGUCAAAUCUUCAGAUGAAGCAUAUGAUGUCUUUCUUAGAGGUCAGAAAAGACGACGUGUUGCAAAUACCCAACUCAACAGGGAAUCAAGUCGAAGUCAUAGUGUAUUCAAUAUUCGAUUAGUACAAGCCCCAUUGGACACCUUGGGUGAAGAAGUCGUGCAGGAUAAAGACCAUGUGUGCAUCAGUCAGUUAUCACUUGUUGAUUUAGCUGGUAGUGAGAGAAGUAAUCGUACAAAGAAUUCUGGUGAUCGUCUGAGAGAAGCUGGUAAUAUCAACGCUUCACUGAUGACACUCCGUACAUGUAUAGAAGUGUUGAGAGAAAACCAAGUGUAUGGUGGUGACAAGAUGGUGCCAUACAGAGACAGUAAAGUGACACAUCUUUUUAAAAACUACUUUGAUGGUGAAGGAAAAGUACGAAUGAUUGUAUGUGUUAAUCCUGCAGCAGUCGACUAUGAUGAGAACUUGCAUGUGAUGCGGUUUGCUGAGGUCACUCAGGAAGUACAGAUCACAAGAUCAACAACUGUUAAGUUUGAUGUUGGUUUGACUCCAGGGCGAAGGCAAGCUAAUCAAAUGUACAAAGAAGCCCUUAGUAGAGUUCAAAAUGAUGAAAAUGCUGAAUUGCCGGUAUUACCACCAAUCCCAUUCUCAUGGCCAGAAUUCCCACCACUACAGGUGACUGACCCCAGUGAUGAUACAACUCAUAGAAAUCUAAUAACUUUCCUAAUAGAACAAAUAAAACGAAGAAAUACUGUUCUGGAUGAUUUGAGCAGAAAACAUUCCGAUUUCAGGCAGCUGGUAAUAGACUUUGAGAAAGAACAUGAAGAUUUAAAAAACAGAUGUUCUCAGUUGGAAAGCAAACUUGCAAGUAAAGAUAAAGAAAUCCAGAGACAUGAAAAGAAAAUAAAAAACCUUGAUUCUACAAACACCAUGUUACAUCGGCAAACACAGUUAUAUGAACAGGAUCUCAGAGAUCUACAGAAUCAGGUUUCACAAAAACAAAGAGACUUGAAUAAAGUGAGAGAUGAGAAAAAGAAAGUUCAAGCAGCAAUGAAGGGUAUCAUGGAGUCUGAAAAUAACAGAUGGGAGAAAGAGUGUGCAAAAAGAGUAAAAGCUACUCAGAUUGAAAUGCAAGGUAAAAUCUGGGUGAAGGAUGAGAAACUACGUCAACUGAAAGAGAUUGUAGGUACUCCGAAUGACUCUGAUAGUGGUGUAGUUGAAACCACACGAAAACCAAGAACUGCCCCAAGACCACCACACACACGUAGUAAGACUUCUGGUGAUAACAAAGGAAAAACCCCUGGUAGAUACCAGUCAAGAUCUCCUCCACCAGUUCCUUCAAGAUCACAUAUACCACCUGUACGUCUGAAGCAUCGUAGAUCUAAGUCAACUAACUCUGAUGUAUGGAUUGAUCACAAACCAGGUACCACAUUAGAAACUGAGACUGUGUUAAAACCAAACAUCAAAAAGAAGAAAACAGUAGCAAUACCUAAACAGAAAGAUAUGAAGGCUGACAAAUAUAUCUUAACACACCAAGAAGAAGAUUCACAGGGUGAAAUGGAAACUCAACUCAUUAAGGGUGAUGUAUUUCAAACAAGAGGUGGUGGACAUGCUGUGCAAUUCACUGAUAUUGAGACACUAAAGCAAGAAUCUCCAACUAGCAAUCGUAAACGUAGAUCAUCACAGCCUGUUGUUGCUGCUGAAGAAGAAGCAUCUAGUGGUGAUUGGACUGAUGUGGAAACUAGGUGUGCAGUUGGUAUUGAAGGUAGACCAGGACAGAAUACACCAUCAGUUAUGCAUACUACAAAGCGAACCAAGCAUUAGGGCGUCAUCAUGUCUCCUGUAUAAUGAAGAAGUACAGCUAUUUCUAUCACUACAGCUUCAUUACCCGAAUUUUACAUUUGUCGCUCGCUAUACGAAUAAUAUAUACUUCAUUUCUUGCUGUGAACUAGAAAAAUAAUAUGGCCAAGAAAUUGAUAUACAAUAGGCAGCACAUAUUUUACCAGCAUUUUCUAUGUCUUUUUUGAACUUUUAUUACAAAUGUAUGUUAAUCAGUAUUGUGCAUCUUGUGAAUUGUGUUGUCUUAUCACACUGCCAUUUGGGGGGGGGGGGGUAUAAAUAUAGUAGUACAUAUAGUUUUGACGCAUGGCUUUACACCGAACACAUUUAAAUGUGUCAAGUUUGUAAAUAUAGCGUACCAUUACAUUUGAUUGCACAUGGACUGUUUCUUUUAUCAUAGUUUACUGUCUACUUUAUUCUUAACUUGUAUAUGUAUUCACUGCCAUAUUUUAAUCAAUGAGUUUCAUUUACUGGUCACUUUAAAUUUAUUAAUCAUUAAAUCAAGUAGUAAAAAAGUUUUACCAUUAUAUCGAUUUUUUGGUAGAAUUUCUUGCAAUAAUUGAUAUUAAAAAAUCCAUAACUGUUGACAGAAUUGCUGGUGAUAUUAUUCCAGUUGUGCAUAGUAAUGAGGUCAUAUGUCAUCCCAAGUUGUGCAAAUUGUGCCAUUAUUAUUAAUGGUUUCAAACCCUAUGGUUUUUCAAAUUACAUCGAUUUGUAAUUCAGCAGGCCCACAAUUUCACAAAAAUUUGUCUUUAUAGAAAAAAGCUCAACCAAAAAAAUUGUUUUAUUAGCAACAGCUUUAGGUGUUUGUAUGGAAUUUAUUUUCACAGGUUUUCAACAAGUAUAUAGGAGAAAAAGUAUUUUAUUUUCACUGAAUCAUUAAUUCCCAGCGAAAGUAAAGUAUUUUACAGUAUUUAAGAUUAACAA